ACCUUGCCUGCACCCCGCCAGCGGUCCUUCGGCACCCUGCAAUCUAGCGAGACGCGCUGCGCACCGACGGAGCGGACAUGGGGAGAGCGAUCGUAGCCAGGCUCGGACUGGGGCUGCUGCUGCUGGCGCUGCUGUUACCUACGCAGACUUACUCAAAUCAAACAACUGUUGCAACACCUUCAAAUAACUCCUCCCAGACUACCUCACCUGCCCCCCAUCCAGCCAAUGCCACCACCAAGGCAAGCGAUGGUACUCUGCAGUCAACAGCCAGUCUCUUUGUGAUCUCCGUCUCCCUUCUACAUCUCUACUGUUAAGAGACUCAGGCGAAGAAACAUCUGUACUUCACCAUCUUCUAAAUCCAGUUCAGAUGGCAUCUAUACAUCCUGUGUGACAAAGAAAAACAAGAAAAAGAAGUCUUCAUUGAAUAAAUCUGCUAAUUUCACACCUUAUUUAAUUGACAGAAAUUAUUAAGGAUCCCAAAUUUGUUUGAAGAGCAUGUGAAGGGUUUGGCUAGAUGAUGAAUGGCAAUAUUAAAUCUGCUGGAGUUAUCUGCACAAGAUGAAGAGAGAAAACGUCCAAAAUUAGUUGAGAUGAUUUCCUUAAAUGUGGCUUAAGAAGUAUGGACACAUAAAGCUCUACCUUGAAAAUGAGAAUAGAUUUUAUCUUACUUAGAGAUAAAGAAUGGGCUGUGGAACAGAGAUUCAGUUUGCAUUUGGUUCAUUAAAUUUAUAAGGCCAUAAAACAAUUAGGUAAAACAGAAAGCUUCUGUGAUUCUAUUUGUAUGUACAUUAGUAGGAACUUCCAGGAGUUACUGUAAAUUCUCAAAGUGUUGUUUCAGCAGUACUAAUUUAAUGCUGACAUACUGAUAGAUAAAAUUUUAUGUUAAGCUAUCAACUGUUCUCUUGGGAACUGAACUUUUCCUCUGGGGCUUUGGGCUGAUAUUGCAUUUGACUUUUUAUAUAGUGCCAGGGCAAUGAUGGAUUAAUCUACCCCAAAUUCAAGCAUAAUGAAUACAUUUGCUUACAUACUAUUCCUAUUCAAAAAGAACACUAGAUUCAUUCAACAGAUAACAAAGAAUAGAAGUACAUUGCUGUCAAUGAAUUUCAAAAUAUUUUUUAUUUCUACAUACAUUGAAUAACUUUUACAGUUUAAAAAAUGAUCUGUUUUGAAGGUAAAUUGACAAAUUUUGAAAUGAAAAAGGCUAAUAUGUGAAGGAGCCAAACUGUAAAUCAAAUAUUUGUGAAGUCAAUACUGGAAGCUUGCUUACAUUGAAUUUAGAAAAACUUUUAUACUCUUUUCUGUAAAUACUUCUUUUUAAACUGAAUCAGAGUAGCCACAUUUGGAACACUUUCUGUUAUCAUUUGAUAUUUUUAGAUAGUUAGAACCUGGUCCUGAGCCUAAAAUGGGCUUGAUUUUGGAAAGUAAAUCUUUUCACAACUGCCUUGAUGCACAGCAACUUUUUAAAAAAUAGACACUCCCUAAAGUCUUUUGUUCACAUGGUCACACACUGAUGCUUAGAUAUUCCAAAAUCUAAUACAGCCACAGUAGUUUUGAAAACCAAAGUCAUUUUUUUCCCCAUCAUUAGAAACCAACACUGGAAUAACCGUAUCCAACAGAUCUCAAGCUACUGUGUGUGUGAAUGAACAUUCCCUUUUGUUUCACACCUGAAUGCUGUAUAUCUGUUUUGGAUUGUAUAUUGUGUUUGUGUAUUUAUGCUUUGAUUCAUAGUAACUUUUCAUGUUAUGAAAUUGAUUUGCAUUAAACACAAACUGUAAAUAAAAAGAGAUGGCUGAAAGAGCAA